AAAUUAUAAAGGAGGAUUAUGUUAUACAAUUAAUUAGAUAUUUAGUAGUUUUAGCGGCAAUAACAAAGAGAGCUCAAAUUCCUUUUUCUUCUUGGUUGCCUGCAGCAAUAGCAGCUCCUACACCUGUUUCUUCUUUAGUUCAUUCUUCUACAUUAGUUACUGCUGGGGUUUAUUUAUUAAUCCGUUUUAAUUUUUCAUUUAGUAAUAAUUUGAUAAUAAUUUUAUUAUUUAUUUCAUCAAUAACAAUAUUUAUAUCAGGUUUAGGGGCUAAUUUUGAAUUUGAUUUAAAAAAAAUUAUUGCUUUAUCAACUUUAAGACAAUUGGGUUUAAUAAUAUCAAUUUUAGCUUUAGGAGAGUAUAAAUUAGCAUUUUUUCAUUUAUUAAUUCAUGCAUUAUUUAAAGCUUUAUUAUUUAUGUGUGCUGGUAAUAUCAUUCAUAAUUUAUUUAAUUGUCAAGAUAUUCGUUUUAUAGGAGGGUUAGUAAAACAUUUGCCUUUAACAUGUACUUAUUUAAAUAUUUGUAAUUUAUCUUUAUGUGGUUUACCUUUUAUAUCUGGGUUUUAUUCUAAAGAUUUAGUGGUUGAAUUUAUAUCAAUAAAUUAUUUAAAUAUUUAUAUUUAUUUAAUUUUUUAUAUUUCUAUUGGUUUAACCGUAUCUUAUAGAUUUCGUUUAACUUAUUAUUCCAUAAUUGGGAAUUUUAAUUUUAUAUCUUUGCAUAUUAUUCAGGAAAGAAGAAUAAUUAUAUUAAAAGGAAUAAGAGGAUUAAUUUUAUUUGUAAUUUUUAGAGGCAGUAUAUUUUCAUGGUUACUUUUUUCUACUCCUUAUUUUAUUUGUUUAACUUUUUUUAUAAAAAUAUUAACAUUAUUUGUAAUUAUAAUUGGUGGAUGGUUAGGGUAUGAAUUAGCUAAAUUUAAGCUUUCUUAUCAAUUAUUAACUUUAAAAUUUUUAACUUCAAGUUUAUUUAUAAGUAUAAUAUGAAAUAUACCUUAUUUAUCUACAUUAGGGGUUAAUUAUUUGCCUUUAUAUAUAGGAAAAUUAUAUUUAAAAAUUUUUGAUCAAGGCUGAUUUGAAUAUUAUGGUGGUCAACAAAUAUCAAAAAAUUUAAAAAUAUUAACUUUAAUACAAUUAUUUUCAAUUAAUCAUUUAAAAAUUUAUUUAUUAUUAUUGAUUUUUUGAUUAAUAUUUUUACUAUUAAAUAUUUA